UGUUGGACGCAGGCGUCUGUAGAAGCCAAUCAGCAGCACAGAAGUUCCAAAGUACGAGUCAACAGAAACACAACCCACAUUCAUGUUUUUCACAGUCCCUGGGCAUGAGGAUGUUACCUCCUGCCUAUUUGCUCCAACUACUGGCAGGCACCAUGGUCCUGACCCAGACUAGCUCACACUCGCUGCGGUAUUUCUACACCGCCCUGUCCCGGCCCGGCCUCGGGGAGCCCAGGUUCAUUGUCGUUGGCUACGUGGACGACACGCAGUUCGUGCGCUAUGACAGCGAUGUGGAGAAUCCGAGGAUGGAGCCACGGGCGCGGUGGAUGGAGCAGGAGGAGCCGGCAUAUUGGGAGCGGGAGACUCGGAAAGCCAGGGACACCGGGAGGAACUUCAAAGUGAAUCUGAGGACCCUGCUCCGCUACUACAAUCAGAGUGACGACGAAUCUCACACGCUGCAGUGGAUGUACGGCUGCGACGUGGGGCCCGAUGGGCACCUGCUCCGCGGUUAUUGUCAGGAGGCUUAUGACGGCCGGGAUUAUAUCUCCUUGAACGAGGACCUGCGCUCCUGGACCGCGACUGACAUGGCCUCACAGGCCUCUAAGAUCAAGUCAGAGGAAGUUGGUGAGGCCCAUCACCAGAGGGCCUACCUGCAAGGUCCUUGCGUGGAGUGGCUCCACACAUACCUACAUCUGGGAAAGGAGACGCUGCUGCGCUCAGACCCCCCAAAGGCACAUGUGACCCUUCACCCCAGACCUGAAGGUGAUGUCACCCUGAGGUGCUGGGCCCUGGGCUUCUACCCUGCUGACAUCACCUUGACCUGGCAAUUGAAUGGGGAGGACCUGACCCAGGACAUGGAGCUUGUGGAGACCAGGCCUGCAGGGGAUGGAACCUUCCAGAAGUGGGCAGCUGUGGUAGUGCCUUCUGGGGAGGAGCUGAAGUACACAUGCCAUGUGGAGCAUGAGGGACUGCCUGAACCUCUCGCCCUGAGAUGGGAGCCUUCUCCAUUCACCGACUCCAGCAUGCCAGUGAUUGUUGUCCUUGGAGCUGUGGCCAUCAUUGGAGCUGUGGCCAUCAUUGGAGCUGUGGCCAUCAUUGGAGCUGUUGUGAGGAGGAGGAAGAGAAACACAGGUGAAAAAGGCAGCUAUGCUCAUGUUCUAGGCAGCAAGGCUUUCCAGAUCUCUGACUGGCCUCAGAAGGCAUGAAAAGGGUCUCUCAGAUUUAGACAUUUGAAUGACUGGGCAUCUUUACAAUGACUUCAGGACUCUUGUUCUAUUGCUUCAGACAGUUGCCUCGUGGGGCUGAGCGACAAGUUCUGACUAAACAUCUGAGGGAGCUGCUUCCCCUGAGGACAAUGUGAAGAACUGGCAAUCCCAGACCUUCUUGCCUCCCUGGACACCUGACUUCACAACAGAAAAUAAUCUGACUCUGGGCUGGGUGUUUCCUAUUGCUUUUAUCUGCACUGAGUGGAAAUGCGGUUUCCAACAGUGUAACGCAGUACCGUUGUGUGGUGGUAGUGACAUUGCACACAGGUUUGUGAGCUGGGGGUGUGAUGUGCUUUUGUUACUGUAGGCAGAACAAGCUAGAAGUCCACCAUUCCUCUUAUGGUCAUUGUUUUAAAACAAAACAAAUGCUGGAGAGAUGGCUCAGUGUUAAGAGCACUGACUUCUCUUACAGAGGUCCUGGUUCAAAUCCCAGCAACCACAUGGUGGCUCACAACCAUAUGUAAUGAGAUCUGAUGCUCUCUUCUGAUGUGUCUGAACACAGCUAUAUAUGAUAAAUAAAUCUAAAAAAUAUUUUUUAAAUGAAUAGGGCACACCAUGGUCAACUCUGCUGUCUGUUUAUCUCUAGACAUCCAGUGUCUUUAGAGUCCACACAAGGUCAUUAAAAGGACUGGGGUGGAUGGUGACUGGAGAGAUAGCUCAGUGGUUAAGAGUGUUUGCUGCUUCAUGGGUGGUGGUGGUGGCACAAGCCUUUAAUCCAAACACUCAGGAGGCAGAGGCAGGUGGAUCUCUGAGUUCAAGGCCAGCCUGGCCUAUAAGGCAAGUUCCAAGAUAGCCAAGGAUACACAGAGAAACCCUGUUUGAAAAAACCCAAGCCUAGACCUAGAGAGUUGGCUCAAUGGUUAAGAGCACUGACUGCUUUUCCAGAGGUCCUGAGUUCAAGGCCCAGCAAAGGCACAUGGUGGCUCACAACCAUCUGUAAUGGGAUCUGAUGCACUUUUCUGGUGUGUCUAAAGCGACAUGGUAACUCGCUGUCUGUAACUAGUAGCAAACAGUUCAUAUCUCACACAGACAUGAAUGCAGAUAGAGCACCAACACAUAUAAAAUUAAAUCUUUAAAAAAUGAAAGGUCUGGGGGCUGGAUGAAUGGUGUUUGUCUUUGCAAAUGUCUGACAGUGGCUGUGACUCACAGCCUCAUAGCAGCUCCUAUUGCCUGGUGUUCACCAUCUGUCUUGGUUAUAAAAAGGUUUCGUAAUGUGAAACCCUUCAAAUGAGCUGGUGCCCUUCUCACCAGUUUGCAUCUUACAGGAUUCCUGAAGGGCUUAUAUUCUGGGCCGUCCCAUUGUGGAGGAUUAGGUUUUACACAACGUAUCCACUCUAGCAUUGCAAUUUCCCUGAGCCUUAAAAUCCCUUCAUCGACGCUGAGCCAAGGGAUAUCUGGCAUCUGCAACUCCUUUUCCGUAGGCCGUCAUUUGAUGAACGCUUCAGCCAACCAUUCAAACAAACUUCUGACACUUUUUUUUAACUGUGUGGCCUUCCAUAUUAAACCUAGAAUCUCCACUCAGAGAGACCAUGUCAAUAAAUUCAGCCUGAUCUAUUUUAA